CACCCUGCUGUCUGCCAUGUCAGACCAGACACCCAUCAGGAUUGUGAUCGUAGGUGGUGGCGCGGGGGCAAUCUCCGCAGCGACACGGGCUCGCCGUCUGGGUGAAAAUGCAUCUAUCAUUGUUCUCGAGAAAGGGUCCGAAAUCAACUCUGCGAACCGUAGUGGCUCAGACGCCCGAGGCGAGGCCGUGAAGAACGAAGAGUCCUCGGCCUCACAGUCUGCAGCAGUGUUGGAAACCCGCUUCAAUAUCGAUGUCAGACUUCGGAAUGAGCUGCUCCAGAUCUUCCCAAGCCAGCAUGAAGUUGAACUGCGCGACCUCGACAAGAACACGACCUCUGUAUUGGCUUACGACAAGCUGAUCCUAUCCCAGGAAGCCCAGCGCUUUCGGCCACAGAUCAAGGGGAUUGACCAACCUCACGUUUUCACAUUGCAAACCAUUGCAGAUCACCAGGCUGUAAAAAGCUAUAUCCUACAGCACGGAUGUCAGUCGGUGGCAAUUAUCGGCGGGGGACGCAUCGGACUUGCAGCUGCGGAAACCUUUCGCCUACUUGGGCUCCGUGUUAGUAUUGUGGAAGCAGCACCGCAGGUAUUCGCACCGUUUGACAGAGAUCUAGCUGAGGUGCUACACGCCGAGCUACGGCGAAACCAGGUGGACCUCCAUCUCAGCGCGCAAGUGAGGAAGGUUGAAGCAAGCGCCGUCCUCCUCGAAGAUCAACCAUCUGUCCCGGCAGAUGUGGUGCUUGUCGCCGCAGACGGACGCCCCGAUUGCGACAUUCCCAAGAAAGCAGGCCUCGCCGUUGGGAAGCAAGGCUUGUCGGUAAAUGUGUUCAUGCAAACUUCCCAGCCUGAGAUCUAUGCCGUGGGCGAGAUGGCGGAAACAGAAAAUCGCAUCUCGCAUCAGCCUCAGAGACUGACCUCGGGGGGUCCGGCAAGUCGUCAAGGUCGCCUGGCUGCCAACCAUAUAUUCGGGAGAGCUACUCCGUACCCAGGCAAUCUAGGCACCGUUGUCUGCAAGGUCUUUGACUUCACUGCUUCAGUGACGGGCUUAUCAACCCAGGCCCUUCGGGACUUUGGCUACUCGCCGCUCUGGGUAACUGUUCACCCUCCUGACAUGACCCUCCGAGUAGCCUUUGAACCUGGAAGUGGGAAGCUUCUCGGUGGACAAGCUGUCGGACGUCAAGGUAUCGAUCAGCGAAUCGACGUACUUUCUCUGGCUUUGCACGCUGAGAUGACUAUUUUCGACCUGGAGCAUGCAGAGCUGGGCUACGCACCAGCCUACAGCUCUGCCAAAGACCCAGUGAAUCUGGCUGGAUUCGUGGGCAGCAACAUGCUUCGGGGAGACUUGAAGAUCAUCCACCCAGAAGACCUACAUCCAGCCCGGAACGAAUUCCAGGUUGUCGACGUAAGAUCACCGGCCGAAUUCUUAGCAGGCCACCUUCAUUCGGCGGAAAACAUCCCCAUCGAUGCUCUGCGAAAGAGGGCAUCGAAACUCAACAAGCACCGCGCGGUCCUUGUAUACAGCUCCGCCGGAUACCGUGGUUACCUCGCUUAUCGGAUUUUGCACCAGCUUGGCUUUUCGGCGUUGAAUCUAGAUGGAGGGUUCAAGGUAGUUACCGAGGGAGGAUUCAAAGGGCUGCAAACUAUCUACGACCACUGA